AAUUACCCGAGAUAUACACCCAAGUAGUAGGAUGGUUCAGUUUGCUGAUCUUCCACAAGACGUGCUCGAGACGUUCAUCUACUUCUUAAGCCCUGAGGACAUCACCUCUUUGAAAUUGACGUCAAAAUCACUGUACUAUCAGAUCAGCAACUCCUCCUAUGUCUGGCAGCAGCUGUAUUACAAGACCUUUGGAUCCAAGCCGACGCCUUAUUCCCUGAACAAGUGGUCUGAGCUCUAUGAGAAGCGCUCGAAGGGGAGGCUUUACUGCUGGGGCUCGAUGGUUGGGGGUCGCUUAGGGUUCAACUCCUCUGACAUCCCUAGAGAUCACGUUUCGAGAAGUGCCUUCAGAACAGGGGUUCCGGUGCCUACUUUGGUUCCCAAGUUGGAUACGUUUGUGCUAGCUGACGUGUCAGCUGGUGGGUUCAGCCAUCAGCUAUUGACAUCAGCCGGUGAGAUUUAUUCUUUGGGUAGCUGGCACAGCGGACAUCGCAGCGUUGGUCCGGACUCAGCUGAUUACGAAGUGACACAACAGCACGCGGAGCCCACAAGAACACUGUAUGAAGGAGGUAGCGGUGUGCCUUUCCCUCCAGAUCUUGCUGCAAGGCUAAGAAGAGCCAGACCUCUGAUCACUGGAAGACGUGGUGGAGGUCGAAUCAACGAUCCAACAAUAUUACCGUUCCCCUUGACAUCUACGAGUCCAGUCCACCAGGAGGCUUCCACCACGAGAACUGAUACAGCUAACAGGUUUCUGAACCAUGAGCAUGCGCCUCAGAAGGGCUCCAAUGUCAAGUUUAUCUCUAUAAGCUCUGGUAGAUGCCACUUCAUCGCGCUGGAUAACACGGGUAACGUAUGGAGUUGGGAUAACCCUCGAACAGGAUAUGGUAUAAACAUCCAGUUCUUUGACGAGUCUGGCAACAACAUCAUUGACAAGGGCCAUAAGGUGCUGAGAUGCCAUGCUGGCUGGAACUCCACUGCUGCCUACUUAUACGGCUAUGGACUCGUAUAUUGGGAGAAGAGAAGUGCUCUAGAGGAAGGGAAACCGUACGCAGUAGCACACCACACUCUUGUUCCCAAUACUGGCAUGAUUAACGGCGAAGACAAAGUUAUUGACUUCAUGGUUGGUGAUGGCUACCUCGUUUACUUGACACAACGGGGUGAAUUGUUCAGAAACGACAUGAUUGGAAUGGAGUCUUAUCCUCUGACCAAAUUCUCCAAGGUUCUAGUGGAGAACUGUGACACCACAGAGCCUAAGUUUGUCAGAUUGAGUGGUAACUUCAACACCUUUGCAUGUUUUACGAACGAUGAUUUGGUAUUUCUCGGCUCUAAAGAUGGAGAUGAGCCCGAACUGGUCCAAGAGCUGAAACACAAGAAUUGUAUUAGCGUCGCCGUAGGCGACUAUCAUCUGCUAGCGUUAUGUAACGACGGCUCACUAUACUCAUGGGGCUUGGAAUCAGCAGGCUGUGGCUGUCUUGGGCUGGGAACGGACCCACAGGGCUCUGAAAGGGAAGAUCGUGGUUCAAUUAGGGUUAGAAAGCCUACAUUGGUGGAGACUGAAGGGAAAGUCAUUGCCAUUGCAGCUGCCGGGUGGCAUUCCAGUGCAAUUGUCAUUAAAGACGACUGACCAAGCCCUUAGAUAGUUAAUUCGAAAGACCGAGAUACUUUGCAUGAUGCGCAGCAUGUUGUGCAGUGAAUGAAGAGAUGAAGUAAUAAGAAUGAUCGAACCCUUCUUCGUAGUUGACGCUGACUUUGCCCUCGAACGGAGUGCCCUUGGAUGCCUCAACCAAGUUCUCUGGGAGCAAUUGGUGGUCCCUGUAGUAGAAAGGAUCAGCCUUACCAACAUGGAUCAAGAU